AUGAUUUUGGAAUGCUUCAAUAUUUUUUUAACACCCAACAAUGCUCUCAGCUCUCUGGUGUGCUCAUCCUGUGUUUCAAAACUAAGAGACGCAAGCAGCUUCCGUUUAAUGGUGGCUAGCUCAGAGCAGCAGUUACUGAAAGCGGUCAGUGAUAAGGAAACCAUUUUUGUUAAUGUUCCAGUGGGAGAUCAUGACUUAGACAUUGCUGAUAACAUCAAGACCGAGGAUCAGGUUGAGGUGAAGCAAGAAGUUCAAGAAGGAGAUCUGUAUGAAGACAUUGUUUAUGACUCCGACUAUAUUCCAGAUGGUGAAGAAUUUUGUGACAUCUCAUCUAAGGGUGAUCCGACCUCUGACGACGCACCCGUGGACGGUGAGGCCGCCCUGCUGGCGAAGUUUCCAAGGGGCACCCUCAAAGUGCCAACAAGGGAAUCCCUCUACCGCUCCUGUCCAGACUACUUCCGCCACCUUGAGCUCCUGAAAGGCAAAAUAAUCUUGCCGAGAAUGAUACAGAAGCUUUUAGAGGAUGCCGAGAGGGAGCAGGCAUCUUUGAGGCGCAGAAGGGUCUACAUAACAGAGAAGAUGGCCCAUAUACUCAACGCCUCCACCCUCCUGGAGAACUCGAAUGCGACACCGUUCAAGAGCAGGAACCGGUCCGGCUUCCCGUGCUUUCUACUGCCGCGUUUUCUUCGAGGACCUGGACGGUCUGAAGCAAAGCACCAGUCGCAGCAGCACAGGAGAAUCGAAAUCAAGAGGGCUCUGAGCGCGUACGGCGCAGAGAGCCUCGUGGUGUACGUGGACGUGACGGACCUCAGCUGCACCCUCUGCGGCGAGACGGUCCACGCCUGGCCGAGC